CAAGAUAGCUGCUGUUGCUGAUAGUGUUGACUCAAGAACCUACCCUGGGUUUUUUUUUCCCUCAGCAAGUCCCAACACAGACAAACUGACAUUAUUGCAGGACAAGUCGGACGAGCGCUGACUGAGAAGUGCGUUCAGCAGCACAUUGCUACAGCACAGGUGUGUUUCUCACUGCAGACAUGACUGAAUCCUUUGACAAAGCAGCAGAGGAGGUGAAGGUACUGAAACAAAAACCAGACCAAGAAGAAAUGACAGUACUAUAUGGCUUAUAUAAACAAGCCACAGUUGGCGAUAUAAACAUAGAGCGUCCAGGGUUCUUCGACUUCAUAGGAAAAGCAAAAUGGGAUGCAUGGAGCGCAAAACAAGGUCUUUCCAAAGAAGAAGCGAUGGCCGCCUACGUUGAAUUGGUGGAGAAGCUAAAGGCAAAAUAUGGAAUCUAAAGCCUAAUGUUCACUGUUGUGCUAAUGCCAGAUACAUUUUCAUAAACAGUUUCAGAGCAUCUGACUGACUAUCAAACAUAAAGAUUUGUUCUCUGGGCUUCAGCACUCUACUGUUUCUGUCCUCAAGCAAGCAACUUAUAAGGCCAAAUGUCCAACAACAGUUUCACCACUUUUAUCUGUGUAAGAGUUGCAUUAUGGGAAUUUUAGGAUACAUUGUUUUUGGAGCUUUAACCAGACUAACAGCUAACAGUCAGGUUAUCAUAACCUCUACAGCAUCAAUUUUGACCAUUCAUUCUUUAAUCUGCAUCUCUAAAGUCCCCUGUCUAUGGAAGUAGUCAGAGAGCCCCUUUAAUUUGAUUUUACUGAAUUUCAACCAUUUUAAUCAGGAUACCUCUAGGUUGUGGAUGUAUAGUGCUGCUUGAGUCAUACCAAAUUUUGUUUACCAAAAUUUUAAACUUCUUAACAUAAAUAAAAAUGUUAUCUAUGACAACUGAA